CUCCUCCCUAGCCCCUCCCGCUUCCUCCGUUUCCGCCGCAUCACAUACUCCCGCGGCGGCGACAGCCAAAUCGUACGGGGCGACUCGAGAGGACGUGUGAUCCGCGGAUCACGAAGGAAGCGAUCCCAUCUCGAUUUGGUUAGGGUUUGGACGGAUGCCGCCGCCGGAGCCGCAGCACUGCGGCGCGGCGGACGCGGGCUCGAGUGGAGGAGGGAUGCCGCCGCCGAAGCAGCACCGCCGCGCAGAAGGGAUUACGGGCUCGACCAGCGGUGGGGUGUCACAGAGGCAGCACCGCGCAAAGGAGGUGGCGGUGGGUAAGGGGGGCUUGGUUCAUGAAGAGACGACGCCGCAGAAGCUCCGCCGCGGGAACGAGAAGGCCGGCACGGUCUCGAGAGGUGGUGGGGCACUACUCAGGAAUCGAAAGGAGGAGAAGGCGAAGAUCCCUUCUCUGCUACCGAGUCGGAUGCCGGCCACCACCACCAUCACACAGGCACAAGCUGACGGAGAGAAGAACACAGAGAGUAAUGCAUCUGCCGCCAGCAGUGAUUUCUCCCUGCGGAAAGGUCAGCAGUUCAAUGCACUAAGCUCCCGCUGUUUCGCGUCGUUGGAUAUCAGCAAUGUCGAUGCCAACGCUGGCCCUUCCAUGGAUGCUCCUCAUCACAACGCUACUGCCCACGAUUGGAGAGAAUCCGCCGCCAAGCAUUGUGCAAAGGAGAAGGCGAGCAUGAGCUCGAGUGGAUGGAAGCUGCAGAAGCACCGGGCAAAGCAGACGGGCCUGAAUGCAGAGAUACCGGGAAAGGAGAAAGUGCAUAAGGGCUCAAUACUGCAAAUGCACCAAGCAAAGCAGGAGAUGGGGCCCUCUCGGCUACGACGUGAUCUACCGGGCAUUCGAGUCCGCAGGGCUGUCGGCAUAGCGACACAAUUAGUCACUACCGGAGAGAAGCACACCAAAAGUAACAAAUCAUUGCCAAGGAAUUCCUCCCUACGCACAGCCAGUCAACAGCUCAGAACAACAAGCAGCUCCCGACGUCUCGAUGCCAAAACCUGUCGUUCCUUGGAUGACAACAGCACUGCCCAGGAUUGUAAAGAAUCUGCGAAUGAGAAUACUGUUGUACAUGUCACGGAGGGCAAAGAUUUACAAGAAGCGAACGAUGCAAUACAAAGGCUGAAUGAUCUGGGCUUGGGAGAGGAUAUCAGCGGUGACGAGUACUAUGAAUACUUAAUGCAGCUGCCUCGUGAUCCUGUUGUUAAUCCUUACAUCAAACUGGACGAUGAGCAGAUGACUCUCCUCUACGCUCGCCAUGCACGUUACUACAACAGAUACAAGGACUUCCCUGAAGAGAUAAGACGUUUCGGGUACUUUUGGAAAGAUGACACCUUAGAUUGGUCCUUCCCCCCUGAUCUCUGCAGGCUUCCAGACCUGGAUGACUACCAACGUCUAGUCCCUCGAAAUUAUGCUGGUUGUGAGUAUUUCAAUUGGGAUCAGUACCGCAUGCAUUUUCACAGCUAUGAGGCUGAACUAGAAUAUCUCAGUUACUACAAAGAAUUAUCAGAAAAACUGAAGUGGAUGGAAGAUUAUGUCCUGAUCGAGGUGCCAUCUCUUAAGUGGGGAAAGAUAAACACCAGAGGAGCCUAUCAAGCAAUAAAGAUCGCAACUGGCUUUUCCAAGAUCACUCCCAAUUUGGCUUAUACUGGCUUCAAUGAAUGUGAAGAAAACUUGUGUUUUGAUGCUUUUUGGCUCAAGGACUUGGAUGGUGUGUACUUUGAGAUUUGGCUGCGGGUCACUAAGCAAAAGAAGAGUUUCAGAGAUGCUUUGGAGGAAGUUUACAAACUGGACAAGUUUCCAUUUCGGCAAAACAGAAUGAAAUAUGCGCUGGACAAUGACUUUUCGGACAUGGAAACAGAGUUUCAUACUUGCACGGCAAGUAUUACCAGUGAUGUUGCAGAGGAUAAAGCUCAUGAGUUGAUUAUAGAGGCAGUUAAAAAGCUGAAGGAAAGACCAAAAUUCUAUGAGCAUUAUAUCCGAAAGAAGAUAGCUAUUGCCCAAGCUAUUGGUUUGAUUCCCACGGUUGAGCAAGCAUCAGCAGAGUCAGGGCAGCAAGUGGAUGUUUGAAGGAAAAGGGUGGCAGCCAGAAAGUGGAUUAAUGUUUCCUACAAACUUCCUCAGGCUAUAGAUAUGUUUGCUACGCUUAUGUUUCCGACACACGAGAAUACCUGCGAUGCGAUUGCGUGCCUGAAUUUGAGAUACUAAGUCAACGUUGUAACUUCAGCAUCUACCAUAUAUGGCCCAACAACCCGUUUGAUCCAGUGGCCGGUGAUCUUAGUCCUUUCAUGUAUGCCUAACUGAUUUGGAAGCCCUAAUUGAUUUGAAAUAGCGUCGUUAUCGUGUAAA